AUGCAUAAUAAUUUCUUAUUAAAACAUCAAAUCUUAAUGAAAAGCUCUACAAGCUAUGAUGCUAUCUCAAAUCAAUUUCUUUCUUUUGACAGAGCUAUUACUGCUCCUUUAUCAACUUCAAAAUCUAUCUCAUCAUUUCGUCCCUAUACCAGCUAUCAAAAUAACCGAGUAUUUAAAAGAAAUUCUAUCAAGCCUCUAAAUCCUUUCCCUAUAAUCCACUCACCUCGACGAGCAAUGGAGCUUGAACUAACGACUACAAUUCCAAGCCUAGAAAUAAAAAAAAAGCAAAGCACAAUUGGUAAUAUCCUCACUCCCCCUCUGUGAGCGAACAAAAAAAAUCUUUGUUCGCUCAUAAGUGGGUUAAUUAUUUUUAUAUAAAUUUUAUUGAAAAUUUUAAAAAUUCUUCGCAAAAAUUAGAAAGCAAAUAUUAAUUUAAUUUGCAAAAUUUAUGUUUUAAAACGCAAUUUGUUUAAAAUUAAACAGAAUUAGCUAGAGAUUUCGUUAUAAUAAUUAUCACUUAUAUAUCAAAAAAUUUUUCAUAAAAAUGUUUUUUCGCUCACAGAGGGUGGGUUUUUGGGCAAAAAAAUAGGGAUUUUUCUAAUGGUUUUGUUCGCUCACGAAGGGGGAAGUCAGUUCCAUAAACAGAGAGCAACGUUUAAAAACAGCAGAACUUUUAAGUUCAAGAAAAAACCCUGAGCCAGUUAUAGAAAAAAAUGAUAGCUUUUUUGAAAGGUAUGAGCCAAAAAAAAACAAAUUCACACACAAGCUGGUCGGUGAUAUAAAGCUUCCAAGAAAAUAUUUUCAUUUGACAUCCAAUGACCAAGAUUUAAAAAUCAUCAAUAUUAACCAAAAAUCGCAGACAUUACAGAAUGUGUCUUAUGAAGUAAAAAUACCUAACUCCCCCCCCCUCCGUGAGCGAACAAAACCAUUAGAAUAAUCGCCAUUUUUGCCCAAAAACCCACCCUCCGUGAGUGAACAAAAAUUUUUUUAAUAGAAAAAUUUUUUAUAGAAAAAAAUUUUGAUAUAUAAGUGAUAAUUAGUAUAAUGAAAUCUAGAGCUAAUCCUGUUAAUUUUAAACGAAUUGCUUUUUAAAACAUAAAUUUUAUAAAUUAAAUUAAUAUUUGCUUUCCAAUUUUCGCGAAUUAGGAUUUUUUUUUAAAUUUCGAAAAAAAAAUACUUUUUAUAAAAUUUAAAUAUAAAUUUUUUUAAAAAAAAACAAUUAACCCCCCCUCCGUGAGUGAACAAAAUUUUUUUGUUCACUCACGGAGGGGGGGGGGGGGGGGUAAGCUUGAAGGAAUCAAAAAAGACGAAAAAGCGAGAAAAUUGGAUAUGAAAAAAAGAGCUUUAACAGCUAUUAGGCAUUUUAAUCAGAUGAAGCUAAAUGCGUAUGCUGUAUCAAAGCUAAGCGAAGUCAUGCCAAAAGAGCCUUAUUGCCAGCCAAAAAGCAAGGAAUUUAUAAUGGCUUGCAAGCUAGGAGAAAUUGAUGACAUUCAAAGACUUUUGCAUGCCAACCGAUGGUUAGCUCAUGCAUUUGAUACUGCUCGGCAAACAGGCUUACAUUGAGCUGCUAGAAGAAAUUUCAUAAAAAUUAUAGACUUGCUAAUAAGUUACGGGACAUAUAUAGACGCAAAAGAUAUGGUAUGGUUUAUCUAGGCAGGUAGAACUCCAUUAUUUUUAGCAGUGAAAAAUGGGAAUUCAGAAGCCGUGACAGUGUUUAUCACGAAAAAAUCAAACCCAUUUAUAAAGACAAGGGCUGGAAAUUCAAUUGAUUCUGUGGCUUCUGCUUUUCCAAUACGGCAUUUGGUUUUUAAGACGAAAGCCAAAGUUUAUGUGAAAAAGUUUGUAAUUAGCCCUGAAGAAAAUGAUUUUGAAAAUACGGAAAGCAUAGUAGAUAACCGAAAACCGUUGGUGCAGUUUAGUUUAUAA